AGCGACUCGUCAAGUAGUACGUCAACAUUACACGACCAGACUGUCAGCGACGACAAGAAAAUGGCUGCAAGGUUACUUCUUCGUUCGGCUCUCAGAGCUGCGACAACUUACCGGGCUGCCCCGGUACCUGCUUUUACCCGCUGCAUGGCGACUGGAGGAAUUCCUACUGAUGAGGAGCAGGCCACAGGACUGGAAAGGACUAUUAUGCAGGCAGCAAAAGAGGGAAAGGAUCCCUACAAUGUGGGUAAAUCAAAGGCAUACCUUGGCACUAAGGAAGAGCCCAACAUUGUUCCCUCCAUCACCAACAAGAGGAUUGUGGGAUGUAUCUGUGAAGAAGACAACACAGCAGUAGUUUGGUUCUGGCUCCAUCAGGGAGAGUCCCAGCGCUGCCCAUCCUGUGGGACCUACUACAAAUUGGUGCACGAUGAGUUGCACUAAUUAUCUUUUUUUGAUCAGGCAGUCGUUUGUGUGCACAGCCAUAGCAUCUCUUAACUGUUCCUACAGAGCAAGGUGAAGAAGCCCCAGACUCUGACUGUUGACCUAAAAUGUCUCCUCACCCUUCGUCAGGAGUCUAGGUCUUUGGCUUGCUCUACUUAAAUACUUGAUCAAUUCAUUUUCUUCAGUAGCUUUGCUUUACAUGUUACAUUUAUAAAGGGGAUCAGAUGUGGUUUGGGACACAACUGUCUUUUCAAAACAUUUCCAUUCCUGCAGUUUACAUUGGCGUUGUACUGUACAAUGUUACACUCGAUGGUCCACUCGCUCCAUGUAUUAAACAAAGUCUUCAAUAAAUUAUCCCAAAACUAA